UGGAAUAAUAACCAGAAAAUGAAGACUGUGCUUUAUCUACUGCUGAUGCUCAGAGUGGGACGAUGCACAGUAGAGCAGAUCUUUGAGACAAAGACUGUUGGUGUUGGAGCUGAUGUGACACUGACUUGUCCCCGCAAGUCUUCGGGAAGCAUCUUUUGGAUGAGGCUUGUUUCUGGAGACUUUCCAAAAGUAUUAGGAAAAACUUUCAGCUUUGAGAGAGAUCCUCGAAUUACAGCCAUGGAAGAGCCUGGAGAAUUUGUCCUGCAUAUUAAAAACAUAAGGACAAGUGAUACAGCAGUUUACCUCUGUGCGAAAAUACACCAACAAAACUUCACAUUUCUGAAAGGAGCAGACCUGAAAGUUGAAGCACCAGAGCCUGCGAUCACUGCAGCCCCUCCAUCUGAUCCAGUCCGUCCAGGAGACUCAGUGACCCAGUGUUCAGCCCUCUCUGAAUCUGAGAACAAGACAUGUGUGUGCUGUUUAAGAGCCGGAUUACUUCAGUGUCUCCCAAGUUUGAACUGUUCUCAAGGAAACAAUGCUGAGGAACAUGAAAAGAACCUUGAAGGAUGUUUGUACCGCUUCCUCAAGAACGUGAGCUCCUCUGAUGCUGGGACUUACAACUGUGCUGUACCCACAUGUGAGGAGAGAUUAUCUGGAAACAGAUCAGAACUCAACACUGAAGACACCAUGUGGGGCUCGCAGAGGAACCAAAUAGUCGUCUCUCUGUUGUGUGCUGCUUUGGCUAUCAGUCUGAUUGUCAUAGCCUUUCUCAUUUACUCAGUCAAGAAACUCAAGAAAGAAUCUUGUGGUUGUUGCAACGCUUCUGUUGCUUUGCAAACAAAUGCUGCAGCAGCCAGUGGUGAUCAGCAAAUUCAGCAGACAGAUGAGGACUCAUUGGUUUAUUCUGCGCCAAUCUUCACCAGGAGGCAAGCUAGUAAAGAAGGGACAAGGGAUGGAAAACCAGAGGAGGAGGAGAGUAUCUACACUGAUGUCAGGGCUCUGGAGCUGGAUUAACAGUCUAAAAAAAUACUGGAUUUGCUACUUAAAGGUACAGUUGGUAACUUUUUAAAAUGACUUUUUCCGUAUUUACUGAAACUGUCACUAUAUUCACACAGAAAUAAAUAGCCCUGUUUCCACCAAGCAGUACGGAUCAGUUCAGUUUGGUACGCUUUUUUUCUGUUUCCACUGUGAAGAGUUGUAGAUGGUACCAAUGGAAUCGUUCUGUACCGUUACCAUUUUUGGUCCCCCCUCUGUUGGGGUACCGAGCACACAGAUCUGGUACUAAAAGGAGGAGCUGUGAACACUGCAGUCUGUUGAUAGUUAAUAGCAGACGAUCACUCUGCUCAGGGCUGAGAUGUGGCUGGUUUGAAGCUUAUGUAACUACUGUUCAUAUCUUAGAGAGUUUUAUUAGUAAACUAUAACUAUAAAAUGAAAGGAUGUUUUGCUGCCUCUUGCAGCAGCUGUAGACUAAGAAAAAACAAUUUAAUUCACUGGGCCGACUGCCCAAGCAGUCCAGUCAAUGCACAAGUUGACGAUGUGAAUCAACACUCCUUAGAUUUCAA